CGAAAGCGAGUUCCUCGGGUAAGUUUGCGGCGCCUUUUGUGCAAUGGUCGGAAAAGCUGCCGAACCUGCGCAACAGCCGGACGGCUGCCCCCGUUCGUUCAAUCCGUAAGUCUGUGUCCCCGCACACGUGAGCAGCUGUGAGCAGCUUCCCAGUACGUGGUCAAGGUGUCAAGCGCAACCGAAACUGAACGACAGCUACAUCAAAGAACAUGGCAUCCGUAUGCUGCCCGAGUACGCGGACCCCUAUCACAACAGACCCAUCACGGCCGGUGAAGUCGGGUGUUUUAUGAGCCACUACAACAUCUGGAAAGACAUGAUCGAGAAUCAGCACCGCAUCGCCCUUAUCUUCGAGGAUGACAUCCGGUUCGAGCCCUAUUUUCGGACAAAAAUUGGGGAGCUUCUGGCUGAAGUUCGCCACCUGGACUGGGAUCUCAUAUACCUGGGCCGCAAGCGCCUCUCGGGCUCCAAGGAACCUCUGGUGACGGGCUCCUCCCGGCUUGUCCACGUGGACUACUCCUACUGGACCCUAUGCUACGCACUGACGCUAUCUGGCGCCCGCAAGCUCGUUGACGCCAACCCAUUGCCCCGGAUGGUGCCCGUCGACGAGUAUCUGCCUAUCAUGUUCGACAAGCAUCCCGAGAAAUCUUGGGCUGCCCACUUCCCUCGGCGUGACCUCAAGGCCUUCUCCGUGCACCCUCUGUUUGUGCACCCAACGCACUACACUGGCGAGGAUCACUACAUCAGCGACACCGAGGACUCGGUGGUGGUGGACGCGCUAAACGCUACCGGCUCCGAUCAUGGUGCGGACAGCGUUCUGCCGCCUGCCGACGUAGCCAGCGAGCCACAAGCUACGAGGGAUGAGCUCUGAGGACGCGCGCCCGCGCUUUUGAUUGCCGUCAAGGCGAUACCUAACCAUGGUCCACGUGUGCAUGUGACAGGGAUUCACACCUAAGGGGCAUUAAUUGCUUCACCGUUACCGCUCCACCGUUACCGUUACACGUCAAGCUUGAUGCCAGCUCUGCGCGCGCGCUGAAGCUGCACCGUGUUGUGCGUCGGCAUCUGGCCGGGACGGUAAUCGUUGCGAUAGAGCGGUACCGAUGUUGCCAAAGCACUAUGUUAAGACGAUGUCAUCUGUGUGGCCGCUGUGGCAGCCUCCCUCGAUACGCAAACGCGGCCGGAUUUACUCGUAACAAUUGCCUGGAACUGAGCGAAGUGUUACUGUGGGCUGGUUGUAUACUUGUAAUGCUUUUAUACUAGGGCGACGAGUUGGAAAGCUUGCUUGCGAAGGGGUCUCUCUGCCAAAUUGGGAAAGCAUAAGAUAGUUUGUUUUAAAAGACGCAGUAUAUUACUAAGAGGUGCGUGGAACUUAAAGCCAGGAAACUUCGCCAGCGUCAAAAUAUCGUAUUCCGACGAGAACAGUGGCACAUUCGCUCUUGGCUAAUAAGAAAGACAAUCACUUCUAUUGAAACUUAAUAGUACACAGUGACGGCAUGCGAUACAGAUAGUAAAAUAUUAUAUACUUGCUCUCUCCGAAAAAAGAAAUUGCUUUGUUUAAAUGAAUACCGCUACCGGUCAGUUGAUAACGAAGCACAUCAGCAUAGCCCCUGAACGCUUUGCUGUACUGUAAUUUCUUCCAGCUGAUUUAGUUUUUAUUGAGAUAACAAUUAUAUGUACUCUCCAAGCGAAUUUCAGCCGUCGUCGUAGACGUCAGGUUCCGUAUACAGGGUGUCACA